CUUCGUCAAACAGUACAGAACCCUUGUAGCAAUGGUUAUUCAGAAACCUGUUCGAGACUACAGGUAAAGAACUUGGAUAUUCAUGUUAUGAAUUGCCUGCUUAGAAGAGAUAUUGUAAAACAUUAAAUUACGUGAUCCGUGUUUUUUAUGAACUUUUGCUCACACACAUAUACAUAGCUUCAUGUUCUUCUUCAGGAUACGUUAAUAAGAGGCAAACAAUAGUCGAAGGAAACAUUAUCAUGUCGAACCUAGAAACUGUGGACGGUCAGUCUCAGCAGAAAGACAAUCAACAAUCAGAAGCAAACCCUUCGCAACAGAAACAACAUCCUCCACAGCAAGAACCACACCCUCUUAAAAAGAAACACCCCCCGCGACAAAACAAACACCCUACGCAGCAAGAAGCAGGCUCUCGGCAACUAGAAGCAGGUACUCUUCAACAGAAACACCCGCCGCAACAAGAACCAGUCCCCCAUCAAAAGAAAAGCCCGCCGCAACAAGAGCCAUACCCUCCUCAAAAGAAACACCCUCCGCAACAUGAAGCAAACCCUCCUCAACAGAAAUAUCCACCGCAACAAGAAGCAAAACCCUCGCAGCAGAAACACACCCCGCUACAAGAAGCAAACCCACUUGAACACCAAUGCUCUCCGCAACCAGAACCACGCCCUCUUCAAAAGAAAAACCCGUCGCAACAAGAACAACGCCCUCUUCAAACGAAACCCCCUCUGGAAAAUGAAGCAAACCCUCCUCAACAGAAAAAAAUUCCGCAACCAGAACAACACCCUCCUCAAAAGAAAACCCCUCCACUACAAGCACCAAGCCCUCCGCAACAGAAACACUCUCCGCAUCAAGAAGAAAGCUCAAUUCAACGGAAAAAACAACAAGAAGCGGGGUCCUCUCAACCUGAAACCUCUACACCACAAAAAGAGAAAUCGUCUGAAGAUAUGUACUCUCCGCAACAAGUAAGAUUCCAAAUGGAUGAAGAUCAACACCCUGCUGGUGGCAGUGUAGAAGAUUCCCAGACGAACAUGCACAACAAUCUGGGUAAAGGCCGGUAUUCCAUUUGGUACUCCAUUUUUGUUUCUGUCUGCUGCUUCUUGCCAUUUGGAGUCAUAUCUAUAAUGUACUCACUCCAGGCACGUUCUGCCUAUGCUGCUGGUAAUCAGAAGACAGCUGUAAUAAUGGAGUCAUCAGCUCGUACGUUCAACAUUAUGGGACUAGUUCUUGGUAUUACACUUAUCUCAAUAAUUAUUGUUGUUAUACUAGAUAGCUUAAUCGUCAUCCCAAGUCUACGCUCAUAAUUAAACAAUAUGCACCACUCCUGUUUGAUACAGCUCAGCGUGCACAACAUCAAUGACAUACAAAACAUUAGCGAAUAACACAACAUGCACAAGACUAACGAUUGACACAGUAUACUUAUAUAUCCAUGUAAAUAUUCUACGUUUGUUUAAGUUUAGCCAGUGUGAUGUUAAAUAUUGAUAUACUGAAACAUGCUUCAAAUGUAAAACCUAACAGACACCAGGUGGACACCAGGUAUGGGUGAUGACAUUAUAGGACCUAAUCAAAAUGUGGUUUAUGCUAACGUAAUCAGAAUAAAACAGUAUACAUAGGGUAGGGUCCAAAGAAUCAUAGCGUUAUAAUUUUGUUUUCUGUAUUAAAUGUAAACGGGAGAUAACUCCAAAGUUUCACCACCUUGUUCUGUGUACUGUUGUCUCAACUAUACUCACACUCGGCAAACCCCGGCAGAUUCCGUUACUCUACAUCUAGCCUCGGCUGUAUGACGGUAAGUGAUAUGUACCUGCGCCAAUACAAUUGCGAUGCGGCGCCCGUUUACUUAUUAGGAAAACUUGCCGCUGUUAAAAAGAAGUUAUCAAAAUUUCGUCGUUCGAAGCGUGUGUAGAAUUGUCAGUUCAAAGUUGCCCUUGUUUAAAGAAAAUCGAAUAAACUUGAAGAAAAACAGCUUCAGACUUUGAAAUAUUUGUAUGAUAAAACAUUCUUCAAAGGCGUCGUCAUUGGCAAGGCCGUUGGUAAUCCCGGAACUUGAAAGUAGUUCCAAUGGCGGACUUGGUCAUACAGCCGAGGUUAGGGUACUGGAAUGUGCUGAGGUUUGCCGAGUGACUAUACUGUUUACCUCUACUUUAUUACAGCAAUAUCCAUCUAAGGUUUUGUUCCAGUAGAUGAUCAUUUACAAAUGUCACUUCAGGUUCGCUGUCAUGGGAUCAUGUGUGGCUGAAAACAUGUUUAUUUUUUAAAUGAAUAUUUGUGAUAAUUGACAAUGAUUUAAUCCAGUAACGGAUUAUUGGCAAUUUUAGCUAUAUGUAAUUGAUUCACCCAAAUUGAGACACUUACUGUCGCAUUAAUCACUUCAUGUAGGGCAUGAGAUAAUGUCUUUGUUUUGACAAAGGAUUUCAGAGUUUGCUUGUUCCUAUUGUUCACGGGUCAGCAUUCAUCCGUCAUGCUUACAUUAGGUUUAGGCCUAUAAAGGCUUGUCUCCCAUUUUUUAAAAAAUAAAUAUUAUUAGCAGAUGUUGAGUUUAUAGAACUACAUGAUAAAUAAAAAGUAAAUAAAACAC